AUGAAGAUCUGUCUGAUCAAUUCCUCAUACGAGGGUGUCGACUCUCCUUUUGAGAAGUAUGACGAAUUCCCGGAUCCAAAUAGGUACAUAUCCAAAGACCGCCAUGAGUUCGUUACUCGAUAUGUCACCAAGGCCAACGCAAAGGCAGAGAUUGAUGAAAUCUGCAAAGAGAACUUUGACCUCUUUAUGAAUUACAUGUGGGGCAUUGAAUCCGAUGAUGUUGCGGGCGUCGAAGCAACCCGCUACCUAGAAUCGAAAGGUGUCAUCAUCCUGACUAAUCCCUCUACCUUCCUGGCAAAGAAUAAACUUGAUCUGCAAAAAGCAGCAAAAAAGUGCGGUCUUCGGGUACCAGGCGACACCCCCGGGAAGUACCCGAAGAUCGUCAAGUACGCCGACGGAUAUGGGUCUCUCAACCUCGACGAGGAUUCCAUCUGCUAUACGGAAGAAGAGGUGAUCAAGCGCGUGGCUAUGAUGCAGAAAGACAACACCACCUUCAGCAUUCUGGUCCAGGAUUAUAUCAUUGGCAAAGAAUGUUCUGCCAUCGUGGUUGAGAUGGGGCGUGAGGUGGUCGCCUUGACUCCCUUGCAAUACGUGUUUCCGGAAAACACGCCCGAUAACGAAGCCUUCCUGACGUGGCAUAACAAGUUCGAAGCUGUGGACCAAGGCAUCAUCAAGUAUGCCUUUGUCGAGGAAGAGCCGCACAAGGCGAACCUCCAGUCUGCCGCUGUGGAAGCGUUCAAGGCGAUCGGCGUCAGCGGCGGUGGUGCUUGGGCUCGUGUUGACAUGCGACUGGAAGAAAGUACCGGCCAUGCAUAUGUGAUUGAAGUCAAUUGUAUCCCUGUGGUGUUCUACCCCAAAGGUAAUACCUUGGGAGAUGACUUGGUUGUAGAGGAGAAGUUCCCCGGUGGCCAGGCAGCCUUCUUUGAUAUGCUUCUCGCUACCAAACAAAUGCAGCUGGGCUGGCACACUGCGCAGAACAACCAUAUUGCUGCUGUCUAUGACAGCUUUGCCCCGGCAUAUCAUGCCGUGUGGGAGAACUCGGAGCUCUGCAACAUCCAAAAGUUCUUUUCUGCCAACUAUGAUCUAUCUGGGACAGUUCUAGAUGUCGCCUGCGGUACGGGGGCAAUGGGACAAGUCCUUCAUGAACAAGGUAUCCAGGCAGAGGUCUUUGGUAUUGAUCUGUCUCCGUGCAUGUUGGAAGCUCCUAAUAUCAAGAAGUAUUACAAGGAGGUGCGCGUUGGUCCGAUGCAGGAGCUGAUCAUGGGCGCUGGGGAACACGAUCACAUUACCUGCUUUGGAGCUCUUCAUUUCCUUGACACUGUUCACUUCAAUGCCGUUCUGGCCAGGAUGUUCAUGCUCGCCCGUAAAUCCGUCACUUUCGAAGUGGAUGACCUCGACGACGCUUACAUUCAAGAGAUCAAGCGGAAACAUGGAGAUAUGACUUUCAAUGCCAAUCAUGUGCAAGCUGUUGCGGAGUUCGGUAUUCCAAAGGGGUGGAAGCGUGUGUAUAACGAGCGCCAUUUCUUGUAUUCGUCCCCUACCACAAAGACGGAUGUUUAUGGAUAUGCAAUGCGAUAUGAGAAAUUGUGA